AUGAGCAGUCUUAAUUACAUAAUAAUAUUUCAGGUGAAUGCUUCAAUUGAUUCUGCUGAUGUAUCUGAUGAUUCUGAAACGUCUGAUGAUGAAGCCAAUAAUCAAACAAAUAAUUCCUCAAAUGAAAAUAAUGCUUUUCAUAGUAAAUCACCAAAACCAAAGGCACAACAAGAUACACUAUUAAUUAUUGGAUUGAUACUUGGAAUACUUUUAGUUAUUGGUCUGAUUGGUGGUGUUAGUUAUUUUAUAAUUCGAAAAUAUUACUUUAAUAAAUCUUCAUCAUCAUCAACGAACAUUGAAAACGAUAUUAAAGAGUCAUAUUCUCUUACACCAAAUGAAAGUCAACAAUCAUUAGCUGUGACAUCAGCAUAUGAAGCAAAUACAGAAGUAUCUACGGAUGAACCACCACAAGAAGAAAACUCUUCUGUAAACUUAUAUCCACCUGAUGGAAAUACACGACAAAGAACUGAUACUAGUAUGAUGUUUAGCGAAGAUAUGUAA